UGUGUCCCUUUUAACAGAGAGUAAAACCAACCAGCCAGGCCAGAGAGAGAAAACAAAAAGAAAAAAGGAUUCCUCCUCAAUUCCCUUUUCUCACCUGCAAUACCUACAAUAAAGAAAGAAAGAAAGAAAGAAGAAAGAAAUCUGUGCAGAUUCUUGAUGCAUACAUAUACAUACAUGCACUCAAGUGUAUGUGUAUGUAUGUUAUCCUAUUUUUACAUUUUAUCGAAUUGAAAUUGAACAUAUUUUUUCGAUUUUUACGGGAACAUUGAGGGGUGGGGUAUUGGGAAUUCUUGGUAAUUAAAUAGUGAAAAUGGCGGUUUCACAGAGUGAUGGUAAUAAAAUGGAGGGGUGGUUGUAUUUGAUACGGUCUAACCGUAUUGGGCUGCAAUACUCGAGAAAACGGUACUUUGUUCUUCAAGAUCACUUGCUCAAGAGCUUUAAAUCUAUCCCACGUUCCGUCAACGAGGAUCCUAUCAGAAGUGCAAUUAUAGAUUCGUGCAUAAGGGUAACUGACAAUGGGAGAGAGAGCAUCCAAAGAAAAAUCUUCUUUAUUUUUACACUUUAUAACACUUCCAAUCACAACGAUCAACUGAAGUUGGGAGCAAACAGUCCUGAAGAAGCUGCAAGAUGGAUUCAGUCCUUUCAGGAAGCAGCUUUGAAGCCCGACCUGAAUCAAGGAGAUGUUGAUUUCUCUAGACGUGAACCACAGUCUUUUAGGUUAAACCGCCGUAAUAAAAAUGCACAUUCCAUUGACUGGACUCUCUGCUCAUCAUCAGUUACUGAUGCAAUGACAUCUGAUGUUGUUGCACCAUCAUCCUGGAAAAUCUUUGGUUGUCAAAAUGGUCUCCGGUUAUUCAAGGAGGCCAAAGAUAGGGAAUUUCAUCUGAAGUGGGAUGAUCAUCCUGCAAUAAUGGCUGUUGGUGUAGUUGAUGGAACAUCAGAGGCCAUUUUCCAAACUCUCAUGUCCCUUGGGACUUCAAGAUCAGAAUGGGACUUCUGUUUUUACAAGGGCUCGGUGAUUGAACAUCUUGAUGGUCAUACUGAUAUAGUUCACAAGCUCCUAUAUCAUGAUUGGCUACCAUGGGGUAUGAAACAAAGAGAUCUUCUGUUGCGGCGCUAUUGGAGAAGGGAGGAUGACGGGACAUACGUUAUUCUUUACCAUUCAGUCUUCCACCAAAAAUGUCCACCUCAAAAGGGCUAUGUCCGUGCCUGCCUAAAAAGUGGUGGAUAUGUGAUUUCUCCUGCGAAUCAAGGGAAGCAAUCAGUAGUGAGGCACAUGCUAGCUAUUGACUGGAAAUUCUGGAAAUCAUAUAUACAGUCAUCAUCAGCUCGAUCUGUAACAAUUCGCAUGUUAGGGAGGCUUGCCUCCUUGAGAGAGUUGUUCAGAGCAAAAUUAGAUUGCUUAUCAUCUGAUUUCUCAUCGGGAGAAAUGAUGAAAGAUAGUAGCUCGUUUCAAAGUACACAAGAAUUGAAGAUUGAAGUUCAAAAUAGGCUGGAGAAUGGACAGAGUAAGAAGAAUAUGGAGGAAGAAGCUGUUAAAACGCCUUCCGAACAUUCAAGUCUUUUUGGAUUAAAUGAUGCAGCAGAUGAAUUCUUUGAUGUGUCAGAACCUCUGGAUUAUGAUCAAUCAGAAAAUGGUUGGAAUUCUGAUUUUGCUCCAGAAAUGUACUUUCAGGACACUUGUCACCCCAAACUGUCAACUGCUGCUGUCUUUGUGAAAAAGUUGCAUGAUAUAGCAGUUCAGAAGAAAGGUUAUGCAGACUUGCAUGAGGUGACCAGGGAUGAUAGUCUGUCAUGCAACUAUGGAUCUACUCUUCCAAAGGAUUCAACUUGUAACUUGCCCUGCAGCUGGACAGCAGCAGAUCACUCGACAUUUUUAAUUCGUGGAAAGACUUAUUUGGAUGACCGGAAGAAGAUUAAAGCAAAAGGCACCUUAAUGGAAAUUGUUGCCGCUGACUGGUUGAGAUCUGACAAGCGAGAAGAUGAUCUUGGUGGUCGCCCUGGGGGCAUAGUUCAGAAAUAUGCAGCAAAGGGAGGCCCAGAGUUCUUUUUUAUUGUGAACAUACAGGUCCCAGGUUCAACAACAUAUAGCCUUGUUUUAUACUAUAUGAUGAGUACUCCUAUCGAAGAUUCUCCCUUGCUAGAGAGCUUUGUCAAAGGGGAUGAUGCUUACAGAAAUUCAAGGUUCAAGCUCAUACCAUACAUUUCAAAGGGUUCAUGGAUAGUCAAACAGAGUGUUGGGAAAAAAGCAUGCCUCAUUGGGCAAGCACUUGAAAUUAAUUAUUUCCGCGGAAAGAACUACUUGGAGCUUGGCGUUGAUAUUGGUUCAUCCACGGUUGCAAGGGGUGUGGUCAGCCUUGUUCUAGGUUACCUUAACAAUCUGGUCAUUGAGAUGGCAUUUUUAGUACAGGCCAAUACACCUGAAGAGCUACCGGAAUAUCUUGUUGGAACCUGUCGUCUUAACCAUUUGGAUGCCUCUAAAGCUGUAUCGGUGAAACCAUAGCCCAUUUUCUACAGACACAGAACUCAGUGGCACCCACCAAGGUUAUUUGCUAUGCAAAGAAAAGCAAGAAUUGUCACAAAUGAAUCUGCAAUGUAUUUAGUUAGUUGUGAUUCUUUUAUUCAAUUAAAUUGAAUAGGAACGCAGGAUUCGUAUGAUGUUAUUGAUGACCCUAACCUACUGGGAGAAAUAUAGAUAUGUGGCUUGGCUGUGAAAAUAUUCGAUAUUCUUUUGGAACACAAGUACAUACUUGUGCAUGAUCAGACAAUAUGCAAACAAAUUCGAUAUUGGGUUUAAUGUUUUUAUGUCACCCCAAUUCAGGGGUCGUUUGGCACGA